AUGUCGCAUGGAUUAAACCUCGAAAGGCUAGCCCCAGAGUUUGAGAGGAGAGGCUUUCAGAGUAUGCAUUCGCUAAAAUAUAUCGGGCAGAAUGAUCUGGAAGUCAUAAUAAACUAUCCAGACAAGUUGUUACAGGCAGAGAAGAAUUCUCGAGAAAGAGCUAGAGGAGAUAAAGAAGCCGUCUCUACAGCCCAAGGAACUUUUUCCAUCUCCUUACACUGGGUCUCUGCAAGUUGUUAGCCCUAUUAACUCUCUUGUGCUCGUCAGCACGACCAGCUCAGGCCCGGCUUCAAGCUCAUCCAACAUGCCUGUAAGUGGAACCAUGUAUCAACAAAGCGCGGUUAACAAAAGCAACGAGCAGUCAACAACCUAUCUUGAGAAGAAAAGCGGCGAACUAACGGAAAAUCUCUCCAUAAUACAAACACAGAUCAAAAGUGCUACUGACCAGCUUGAAAUUGUUCGUAAUCAGUAUGAACAAGCAUUGAGCAAAGCUAACAGACGGAGAGCGGGAAAACUUUGCACCCGAUGUCAUCAGCCGGACCACUACAAAGCUCACUGUUCAAGCCCUACUUGUAUGGACAUGAACAAUUGUGGCGCGAGCGAGAAACACCCAGAAAGCAAAAAUGAGAUCACGGAACUACGAAAGCUUAUCAAAGAUUUGCAGAAGAAAGAAGCUGAAGCAUCAAAAGAGCUUCAGUCACUCAAGCUUGCCAAGGAACGCUCAGUCAAUAGCUUUUUUGCGGUUAUGCGUCCCCGACUGAGACGGCAAAACGAAGGCCGUUAUGUCAACAGGUUUUCUUUAGAUAAAGACUUGAUACUCUUGAAGAAAAUUUUCAAAAAUAAGAUUCCAAUUGAUACCUCGCGAGAUUGA